AUGGUGCGAUACGCUGCGACCGAGAUUGAGUCCGCCAAGUCGGCCCGCGCCCGCGGCUCCUACCUCCGCGUCUCGUUCAAGAACACCCGCGAGACUGCCCAGGCCAUCAACGGCUGGAAGCUCCAGCGCGCCAUCACCCUCCUCGAGAACGUCAAGCAGCACACCGAGGCUAUCCCCUUCCGCCGCUACGCCGGUUCCAUCGGCCGUACCGCCCAGGGCAAGCAGUGGGGUGUCUCCAAGGCCCGCUGGCCCGUCAAGUCGGCCGAGUACCUCCUCGGUCUCCUCAAGAACGCCGAGGCCAACGCUGAUGCCAAGGGUCUCGACACCGGUGCCCUGAUUGUCAAGCACAUCCAGGUCAACCAGGCUCCUAAGCAACGUCGCCGCACUUACCGUGCUCACGGUCGUAUCAACCCCUACAUGUCUUGCCCCUGCCACAUCGAGCUCAUCCUCACUGAGGGUGACGAGGUCGUCCAGAAGUCCGAGCAGGUCGUUGGUCGUGAGGAGGUCCGCCUCAACUCGAGGCAGCGUGGUGCCCGUACCCGCCAGGCCAUUACCGCUGCAUAG